AUGCGAACGAUUCAGUCUAUUGCCCUCGUUGCGGGCUUACUAUCAGAUGUAGCAACCGCCGAUAAUGUCAUCCCCCGAGCCCUGCCCAAUGCUCCCAACGGCUACGCUCCAGCCAACGUCUCCUGCCCAGCAGCACGCCCAACGAUCCGCAGCGCAGCCACUCUCUCGUCCAACGAGACAUCAUGGCUUUCCCUCCGCCGCAACCACACCACCCAGGCCAUGCGCGACUUCUUCGGCCAUGUCAACAUUUCCAACUUCGACGCCGUGAGCUACAUUAACAGCGUUGCAAACGACAAUGCUACCAAUUUACCAAACGUCGCCAUUGCCGUCUCCGGUGGUGGCUAUCGUGCCAUGUUGUCGGGUGGUGGUGCCCUCAAAGCCUUUGAUAGUCGGACACCCAACAGUACGACUGCCGGCCAAGUCGGUGGCUUGUUACAGACUGCGACGUAUGUGUCGGGAUUGAGUGGCGGCAGUUGGCUGCUGGCUUCAUUAUAUGUGAAUAACUUUACGACGAUUGGGGAUUUGCAAGCCGACGGAAAAGGCGAGGCAUGGCAGCUUGGACAGUCUAUUCUGGAGGGCCCUUCGACUGGUGGAUUUCAGCUGUUGAGCACUGCGGAGUACUAUAAUACUAUUUCGGACCAGGUGCAAGCCAAGUCGGAUGCUGGAUUUGAAACUACUCUUACUGAUAUUUGGGCACGAAUGCUGUCGUUCCAAUUCAUUAAUGCUACCGAUGGAGGUCCAAACUACACCUGGUCUUCCAUUGCUUUGGAAGAUAACUUCGCUAGCGGAAGCAUCCCUAUGCCAUUGGUUGUCGCAGAUCUGCGCUCUCCUGGCGAGAAGAUUGUCGGUGCCAACUCUACUGUCAUGGAGUUCAGUCCUUUCGAGUUCGGUUCCUGGGAUCCCACUAUCUUUGGCUUUGCGCCGUUGGAGUACCUCGGGUCGAAAUUCAACAGCGGCAGUCUCCCCGAGAACGAGAGUUGCGUGCGCGGCUACGACAAUGCUGGAUUCGUGUUUGGUACCUCGUCGACUUUGUUCAAUGAUUUUAUUCAAUACGUGAAUAGCACUGGUCUGCCUAGCGUUCUCGAAAACCUGAUCACGGCUGGUCUCAACAAACUCGGCCAAGCCAACGAGGAUAUCGCUGAUUAUGUCAACCCGUUCUACAACUACACGAAAAACACUGGACUGGUUGCGCAGACCGAGACUCUCAAUGUCGUUGACGGUGGUGAGGAUGACCAGAACAUCCCAUUGCACCCUCUUAUCCAACCUACGCGUCACGUCGACGUUAUUUUCGCCGUGGACAGCUCAGCCGAUACUACCGAAAGCUGGCCCAAUGGAACAAGUCUUGUAUACACCUACGAGCGCAGCUUGAACUCGACUGGAGUAGGAAACGGCACCUCUUUCCCUGCAGUGCCUGAUGUGAACACAUUCAUCAACAAGGGCCUCAACACCCACCCGACGUUCUUCGGAUGCAACAGCUCCAACACAUCCAGUCCGACUCCAUUGAUUGUCUACUUGCCCAACUACCCCUACGUGGCAUACUCCAACAUCUCCACCUUGAGCCUGUCCAUCAAUAACACCGAACGCGACGCCAUUAUCCAGAAUGCAUACGACAUGGCCACAAUGGCCAACGGUACCCGCGACGCAGACUGGCCUGCCUGUGUCGGCUGCGCGAUUCUGAGUCGCUCGUUCGAGCGAACCAACACCACGGUUCCGGACAUCUGCAAUACCUGCUUUGACAGAUACUGCUGGGAUGGUACCACCAACAGCACUACACCGGCAACUUACAAUCCGUCGUCGUACCUUGCCACUUUGAAUGUGACGAGUACGAGUGUAGCUGGAUCUGUGAAGAUACCAACGGUCCUCUUGGCUCUUGGGACGGUGGCCAUGACUGCCAUGGCGCUGUAG